GCUCUGUCGCAGUGCCAACGACCGUGGUCUAGGUUUGAAAGAGGUCAGACUUCACGUUGCAAACCCUGCGUUGAUUCCAGGAACACGGACCACGCCGCAUGAGAAUAGCACCUGAACGCUGCAUCUUGAUAAGCCCAAUAAAGGACAAUCAGACCCCAGCAAAAUGGCAGAAUCGAAAGAGCAGCGCAUAAAUCAAUUGUUGAGCUGGUUCACGGAGAAUGGCGGUUCGGUGCAUCCAAGCGUUACGUUUGAAGAAGACUCGCUCGGUGGCAUUUUCGCCUUCGCCAAAGAAGACAUUGCAGACCUCCCAUUCGCCGUCUGCACUUGUCCGCCAAAGCUACAGCUCUCACACCUGCAGGCUCCCGAACAGCUACAGGAGCAACUUCCGGAAUAUGUGCUUUCAUACUUUGGGCUCAUGAAAGAAACCAUUCUUGGAGACCAGUCAUUGUGGGCACCCUACAUCAAAUGCCUUCCGCAGGCUGAAGACCUGACGACGCCUUUGUACUUCAAAGAGGAGAUGACCCAGCAAGCUGUCAACGAGAAAAAGAAUGACACUGCAUGGCUUCUUGGAACGAACAUGGACAAGGCCUGGCGUUCGCGUGAGCAAGAGUGGAAGCAGGAAUGGGAGAAGGCAUGCAAGAUCAUGGAAAGCAAAGGCGUUCCAUCGAAAGACUACACAUGGGACCUGUUCAAAUGGGCCGGAACGAUGUUCACCUCGCGCUGCUUCCCUUGCGACCCCGGUGCAACCAAGAGAUACGCAGUUCUAGUGCCCGUCGUUGAUCUUUUGAAUCACCGUUUCCCUACAAAGGUGAACUGGUUCUUCGAUAACGGCGCUUUCCGACUCAGCAUGGAAGAGCCCAUCCGGAAAGGAAAGGAGUUGUUUAACAACUACGGCGGAAAGAGCAACGAGGAAUUGCUUAUGGGCUAUGGAUUCUGCUCCCCCUCUCACCGCUGUGAUGCUGUCGCCAUCCGCUUCGGCGCCCUUCCUUCUCCCGUCGUAUCCAGUCUCGAAUCCGUCCUAGGCUCCUGGGAUCCAAGCGAGACACACUAUGUCCGUGGUUACGACUACUACGCCGGCCUAUAUGACGUCUCAGUGCCCGAUUUCCCCGGCUUCACCAAGUCUGGAAUCCCGCAGACCCUCUGGACCGUCAUGGAAGUCCUCAAGAAGUUCCAAGAUUCGCAGGUGGGGCCGCGGCCUGCGUGGCUCAACAACGACGCAGACAAUAAGCCACGAGCGGAAUGGCGCAGCACUUUGAGUGCGCGGUGCGACCUCCUCGAGGUCCUGGCGACAAAGUACGACAACAUUGACCAAUACGUCGAUUUCUUGCCCGAUGGCCCGAAGAACCUGAAGCAAACGUACGCGAAGAUGUACCGCGACGGGCAGCUGAAGGUCCUGAAAAGCAACGUCAUCGACCUGGAAGACUGGAUCCUGAAGCACAACUUCGUCACGCUCGAAGACGCCGUAGAGGCGUUGAAGGAGGAGAACGAGAACAUCGGAUCGGCAUGGAAGCAGAGUCUCGAAGAGCUCUUCGAAACCGCCGACCUCGCGAUCCUCCGCGGCCAGGAACGCGAAGCCGAGGUCUGGACACUUUGGCUGACGCUCGCAUACAAGCAACUCGAAAACGGCACCGCGUCAUCUACGUCCCGCCUGCGCGCGUGGCUCGCCGACCUCCAGCAGUCGCACCCGUACAAUGCCCCCAGUGCGCCAGCUGGUGCUGCCGCCAGCGACCCAUUUGCUUUCUCGGAGAAUCUGUAUCUCUGGGCGCAGCAUGUGGUGGAGAAGGAGGCGCGCAUGUUGGCGUACCUGGACGAGAACAAGUGGAGCGGUAAGCUGGUCAUUUGCGUGAAGGAGGGAACGAGCGGUUGAUAUAACCGAAUGCCUGAGCGGGUGCAGCGAGAUGGCAUGCGAAGGGCGCUGUGUGAACAGGAGUGAUAUUGAGCUGCUUGCGGCGGAUCAAAUAUGAGUAGGAUAUGUUUAGCACGCACGUAUCCACGGCAUUAAGAACCUCGAUACGGUCCCGCUUGGUGGUGAGUCUUAUCUCGUGGGAUUUUUUUGUGGUCGUGUUGUCAUCGUUGUCCAUGGAAUUCGUAGACAAUGCUCCUCUCCCACCGCUCCUACAGAUUUUUGCACAUCCACACUUCACUGUGGAGGGAAAAUGUGUAUCUUUUUCUUGUACUUUCGCAUCAAUGUGAGC